UUUAUGCUAAAUGUGGGGCAUUUGGAGUUUGUACUGAAGCUAAUGCAACCUGCAAUUGUUUGAGUGGUUUCAAGAAAAUAUCAGAUACAGAAUGGAAUUCAAAUGAUUAUUCCAGUGGCUGUGUAAGAGACCAAAAGGUGCAGUGUAAUGCAAUUACUGAAGACAAAGAUAGUUUAUGGAUAAGUUCAAUUCUGAGAGUACCUGCUUCUCAAAAUACUAAUAUCACAGUUGGGACAGCCUCACAGUGUAGAUCUGCAUGUUUCAACGAUUGCUCUUGCACUGCUUAUACUUAUGAUGGUUCCGGUACCUGUUCCAUCUGGACAGGGGAUCUGUUCAAUCUGGAACAACUCAGCACAACUGAAUCAGAAAGGACAAUAUUUGUCAAACGCAGCUCACCUGAAGCUCAAACUAAAGCUAAGAAAUCGAAGAAGCUAAAAGCAAUCCUUUCGUCAAUAUCCGCUUUGAUGUUUCUACUCAUAGGCAGCAUUAGCUACAUUUACUAUAGAAGAAGAAUGACAAAAAGAGCAGAUAGAAGUAAAGGUAUUCAAGGGGCACAUAAAUCUCACUGGCACAAAGCUGAAGGAGAAGCAAAAGUAUUAAUGAAUGAAAACAGUGAUGAAGCGAUUGAUGUUCCAUAUUUUCACUUGGAGACUAUUUUGGAAGCUACAGACAACUUCUCAAAUGCGAAUAAGCUCGGACAAGGAGGAUUCGGUCCUGUUUACAAGGGUAUCUUUCCGGGCGAAAAAGAAAUUGCAGUGAAAACAUUAUCCAGUCAAUCAGGACAAGGCAUAGAUGAAUUUAAGAAUGAAGUGACUCUAAUUGCAAAGCUUCAACAUCGAAAUCUGGUGAGGCUAUUGGGUUAUUGCAUCAAUGCAACGGAACAAAUAUUACUUUAUGAAUAUAUGCCGAAUAAAAGUUUAGAUACAUUCAUAUUUGAUGGAACACUUUGUCAAUUAUUGGAUUGGAAGAAACGUUAUGACAUCAUAUUGGGCAUUGCACGGGGUCUAUCUUAUCUUCACCAUGAUUCACGACUAAGGAUCAUUCAUAGAGAUUUAAAAACCAGUAACAUUUUAUUAGAUGAGGAGAUGAACCAGAAAAUUUCAGAUUUUGGCUUGGCAAGGAUUGUAGAAGGAAAAGUAACAGAAGCAAAUACAAAGAAAGUAGUGGGGACCUACGGCUAUAUGUCUCCUGAAUAUGCACUAGAUGGAUUGUUUUCCAUCAAAUCAGAUGUAUUCAGUUUCGGAGUAGUCGCACUUGAGAUAAUCAGUGGAAGAAGGAAUACAGGAUUUUAUCAGUCAGAAGAAGCCUUAAACUUGUUGGGCUAUGCAUGGAAAUUGUGGACAGAAAAGGCUGAGAUACAAUUAAUAGAAAAGUCAUUACUUGAAUCAUGCAAAAGAAGUGAAGCAAUAAAGUGCAUAAAUGUUGCACUCUUGUGUGUACAAGAAGAUCCAAAUCAUCGUCCUAAUAUGUCAGAUGUCAUUGUAAUGCUGGGAGGGGACGGUACUAACCUUCCAACACCUAAUAGACCAGCUUUUGUAAUAAGGACGCAUACUUCUAAUACAUCUUCUUCUUCCUCUGAUAAGAAAUACAUUGUAUCCAACAAUCAGGUGACGAUUACAGUUGAAGAAGGACGUUAG